AUGACUACACCCUGCAUUACAAAACUACACCAGGCUGGGGUCAAGUUUAAGUUGGGAUCAAGCAGAAACUUAUUCGAUAUACGAUUCAACAAUGGGAUUCUAGAAAUUCCAAAACUAAAUAUACACGAUUACACAGAGCUCACACUCCGGCAACUAUCAUUGCUGAUGGUGGAAUUUCCAAUUCUGGACACAUUGCUGGUCAGCUUCAUCAACAACAUCUGCACUAGAAAUUCUGGCGACAUUUCCAUAGGGAAGUAUUUGGAGGAAGCUACAGAGGCACGUAGCAGAUCUGGGUAUGGGGCUUGGUCGACGUCGAAAACCCAGGUGGGGCUGAGAGAUUUCGGGGCGAUCAGUAGGUGCGAUGGGCAAUCGGGAAAGGCGAUGGGUCUUCUUUGA